CUCUAGGCGUCAAACGCCAUUCUAUAUUUACUCCUGCAAUCCAAUACGGCCUUCCUUAUAUUCAUUCCGACGGGACUUUAUACGACCCUCUUGCCUUCAUCAUCUCGAUCAUAGCUCCGGGGUUCCAAAUAUUUCAUCGAACCAGGCUUUAGGGGAGGGUGGAAUUGAGGUUAGGGUUAUAGAUGGCGGCGUUAAAGGACCUUCUUCCGCCUGUAAAGUCGAGUGGGUCAACUCACUAUGAUCACUCGAAUGAUCCGUGGUUCAAGCAGAGGUAUAGUGCAGCAGAGUCUGAGAAAUCUGCAAUAAUUAAGGCAAAUCCAGUUCCUCCUUAUUUAAAAAGAACAGGCUUUAAACCAUCCAAACUUGAGGAUUUUGGUGAUGGGGGGGCGUUCCCGGAAAUUCAUAUCGCUCAAUACCCUCUGGAUAUGGGGAGGAAAAGGGACUGGAAGCCAGGGUCGAAAACCUUGCCCAUUACAGUUGAUGAGCAUGGGAAUGUGAGGUAUGAUGCAAUUGUGAGGCAGAAUGAGAAUGCUAAAAAGAUUGUGUAUUCACAACAUACCGACCUUGUCCCCAUGGUUGUCAAAGAUGGUCAGGACGAGGAGGAGAUGGACUUGGAUGAGAAGCAGAAGGAGAUUGAUGAGACCACUCAGAGCACUAAGACUGCUCUUGAGAAGAUUGUGAAUGUGAGGUUGAGUGCGGCUCAGCCUAAAAAUGUUCCUACACAAUCUUCAGAUUCUAAGUUUAUCAAGUACAAGCCUUCACAGCAGUCAGCUGCCUUUAAUUCUGGUGCAAAGGAGAGGAUUAUUAGGAUGGUGGAGAUGCCUGUGGACCCUUUGGAGCCACCCAAGUUUAAACAUAAGCGGGUUCCAAAAGCAUCUGGUUCUCCACCCGUUCCAGUAAUGCACUCUCCACCUCGGCCUGUGACUGUGAAGGACCAGCAAGAUUGGAAGAUCCCACCUUGUAUUUCAAACUGGAAGAACCCAAAAGGGUAUACAAUUCCUCUUGAUAAGCGUCUGGCAGCUGAUGGUAGGGGCCUUCAGGAUGUUCAAAUUAAUGACAACUUUGCGAAGUUAUCAGAGGCACUGUAUGUUGCAGAACAGAAGGCCAGAGAGGCUGUAGCCAUGAGGUCAAAGGUCCAAAAGGAAAUGAUGAUGAAAGAGAAAGAAAAGAAAGAGAUGGAAUUGCGUGAGUUGGCUCGAAAGGCUAGAUCUGAGAGAACUGGUACUGCAGCUCCUGCUGCUGCCAAUAUGCCUUCAGAGAGAGGUACUGAUGAUAUGGUUACAGAUUAUGACCGUGUCAGGGAUGCCCCAAGGGAGAAGGAGACAAAAGAGGAAAGAGAGGAGCGGUUGCAGAGGGAGAAAAUUCGUGAAGAGCGUCGUAGAGAGAGGGAGAGGGAGCGUAGGUUGGAGUCGAAAGAUGCUGCAAUGGGGAAGAAGAGCAAGAUUACAAGGGACAGAGACCGCGAUAUCAGUGAGAAAGUUGCUCUUGGAAUGGCUACAACUGGGAGAGGGGGUGAAGUCAUGUACGACCAGAGGUUGUUUAACCAGGAGAAAGGAAUGGACUCUGGGUUUGCCACUGAUGAUUCAUAUAACAUCUAUGACAAGGGGCUUUUUACUGCCCAGCCUACUCUGUCUACUCUCUACAGGCCCAAAAAGGAUGUUGACUCUGAUACUUAUGGAGGUGCGGAUGAGCAGCUGGAGAAGAUCAUGAAGACUGAGCGCUUUAAACCUGACAAGACAUUUGCAGGUACCUCAGAGAGGACUGGUCCUAGAGACAGGCCUGUUGAGUUUGAGAAAGAGGCUGAAGAAGCUGAUCCGUUUGGUUUGGAUCAAUUCUUGACUGAAGUCAAGAAAGGUAAAAAAGCAAUGGAUAAAGUUGGCAGCAGUGGUACAAUGAAAGCUAGUGCAGGAUCAAUGCGAGAUGGCUUUGAAGGAUCUGGUAGAACUCGUAUUGCCUUUGAUAAAGGGCGUUGAGUUGUUUCUACUGGAGAUUCCUGGAGUUGUUGAAUUGAUCGGUGUUUCUUUAUGUAAAUUGACUUGUUCUUCGAGGGGGAGUUUUGAGGAGUUGUUGCUGUUCAGCAAGGUGUUUGGCAACUCAUUGAUGGCAAAGUCCAUCGUACCAUUUGAGAAUUUUUUAAUUUAGUUUUUUGUUUGCCUUUGAUGCUGUAUGAUAUUACUCCUCUAGCAUGGCUAAUGUUUUUAUUUACCGUGGCGUCUUCUUGUUUCAAUUUCAAUCUCACGGAAAUUAAUGGGAAAGGGUGCAAGUGCUGCCCGUGCUUGACGUUUACUCGA